ACCACAUAAGUGUGCGCCCUCUGAAGAUGGGCAUUUGCAGAAACAAUUAGCCGAAAACGACAUCGAAAGUUAACGUACUGUUGGUGUUUACCACAUUUUUGAAAAAAAAAAACAUAAUGGGGCAGUAUGAUGCUCAAGUCAGGAAUCAGUUAUCAAAGUACCAGCACAAGGAUUUAGCACAACGAGAUGUUAUCAAUGUGUUUGCCUCGUUUAAUGAUUUGAAACCAAAAAUUGAGAAAUAUGCUUUUAAUGAUGGAUCAGUUAAGGAUUUGCUGUGUAUUGAUGGAACUAUUCCUGUCCAUUAUAAAGGGUCAAGAUACAACAUCCCCAUUUGUGUAUACGUGAUGGACACACAUCCAUACAAUCCACCAAUGUGCUUUGUAAGGCCGACUAAAGAUAUGUUGAUUAAACCGUCGAAGCAUGUGGAUGCCAACGGCCGUAUUUAUUUACCCUAUCUGCACGAAUGGAAAUACCCAAAUUCAGACUUGAUUGGUCUCAUACAAGUCAUGAGUGUUGUGUUCGGUGAAGCCUCACCAGUAUACGCAAAGCCACCUCAAGCAGCUCCACCCCGUCCUCAAUAUCCUUCUGGAGGAUCCCCACAUGCCCAACAAAAUGUACCCUACCCCACAAAUACAGGUGAGCUUUUUUCAUACAAAAAUGAGCUACAUGUUCUGACAGCAACUCAAAUGAAGUUAAAAGAAGGUCAACAAACUUUAGAGAGAAUGACAAAUGAUCUUGAAAAGGAGCAACUCGAGGUUGAAGAAAACAUAAAAUUACUCGAGCGUAAAGAUGAAGAAGUACAGAUUAUCUUAAAUAAGAUGGAAGGACAAGAGGAAAUUGAUAUUGAUGAAGCAGUGGUAGCUACAGCACCACUAUACAAACAGUUAUUGAAUUUAUUUGCUGAGGAGAAUGCUAUUGAGGACACCAUGUACUACUUAAGUGAAGCUCUAAGGAAAGAUGUCAUUGAGACUGAAGUGUUUUUAAAGCAUGUGCGAGAACUUUCACGACGACAGUACGUUGUACGAGCACUCAUGCAAAAGGCACGUGCCAAGGCGGGACUGACGGUACACUGAUGUAUAAGAUGGUUUAGUGCGAUAGUUAAUAAAUUUACAAUGAUAAUAAUUUAAUACACACAUGCACACACAUUACAAAUAUAAACAUAUAAUAACAUAAUAAUGAUAUAUAACUGCUUGCAUGUGUGUAAUAAAUUUUGAAAAAAGAGUUUUGAAGUAUGAUGGGGUUAUAACCUUAUUCUGCAUUUAGAAUUAUUUAAAUUUGUUGGUAAAUAUUUUCUUUAAGUCUGGUUUCCUUAAAAUGGCUACACUGUCGGUACAGUGUUUUCAGUGCAGUUGAUGUAAUGCGUAGCUGUCCCUGACACCAUCAAAAAGGCUCCCCGAUUCGACCGACUAAUUAACAUCAACGAAAUCUAUUGGUGAUGACGUGUAGCGAUUGUAUGGAAACCAAGCUUAACAAUAAUGAUGAUGUUAUAGACUUGUAUUUACUAUAGCGCCUUCCACAAUCAACUUUUCUCAAGUAAAAAAAGUACUUUUAAGAAAUUAUUUCUGAAAAAAAAGACUAACAAAAAGAAAAAACAGCAAGAUAACCACACACACAGCACCAUUUCACCAACCUUCCAUAUUGCCAACCAGCUAAUCAUUCCGCUAGUAUAAUGGCAUUUAAUCAACCAAAAAAAUAAGGAAGAAAUUGUAAAAAAUGAUAUGAAAAAAAUAUGAAUAAUGUAUUUAUUAAAUAUGAAAUGUAUAAAAAGUUUGAAGUAUAAAUGUGUGGGUAAGUUAGACCAUGGAGGAAUGAAACAUAAAAUUUUCCACAGUUAGAAAGUGGUAGGUUUUCAAUAGUUUGAAUAGACAAACUGUAACAGACGAGGCUUUGUGAAUAUUAGUUGGUCGUGAGUACCAUAACUUCAAUGGAAAAGGCUUCAUCAUCAAAAGUCUUGAGAUACAAUAUUUUAUGGAAUAGAUUUGUUGGUCGUUGACAUUAAAGAGUAAGUUUGAGAUCACAAGUUGGAAAAUUUAUUUUGGAGAUUAAGUCUUGUAUAUUUUCUUUUUAAUUAAAUUCAAUUUUGGGUUGAAGAAAAUACCAGAUAGUAAGUCCAAGGAUUAAAACAAGGGUUCUCAUCUAUUUUAUAUCAGUAGACAAGUUUGUAGAUUGAAUCAAGUUUGUCCAUCAAUCAUGCAGUCUAGAAGGGGGUGUGACUACUCCCACAUUAAACAAAUGGUAAUAUAGUGUGAAAUGUUGCAAUAGCAUGCCUAGUGGUUUUUAACUGUUAAUUGUUUAGGCUUGUAAUAACAGGCCAGAUAAGAUGCCCUUGCGGACCACAAGGAAACCAAUGGAGUGAAACGUUCGCAUUACUGUACAGCUAGAAAUAGAAAGAUUGUUAGAUUGUUUAUUAACUCUAGAUUUUAAAAUUAUUUAAAAAAAAAUUGUAUACUACAUGAAAUUCAGAUGCUGAUCCUUUUUGAUGUUGAGCACUUCAAGUGCAAGUCUGACAGGUAAAGUAUGUCCUUUACUUUUAGGUAUGAGAGACAAGACAAGUAAUAUUCAUCUUUGUUGAUUGUGAACUAGGAAAACUAUAAUCAGGUUUGCUAUGGGUUGUUUUUUAGGGGGAAGAGAUUUUAGUGGUUAUUUUGCUUCAUAUUUUUUGGGUACAAAAGGUGCAUCUAGUCUACAAGGUGUUGAGCCUGCUUGAAUAUUGUUUAUUUUUUGGAUACAAAGCCACUACUACUUUUUGACUAUCAGGCCGAAAUUUUAUUGAUGGGUGUGUAGCAUAAUACGCUGUAUCAAGUUGGAAAUUAAUAUUGUUCAAAUUUAUUUUUUAUUGAGCAAAUGAAUGAAUGAAGAAAAAUCUUGCUUAAUAUGUUUUUGGGGUUUUGUUUUUCUAAAUGUCAUUGUGACUGAGAACACUUGAUGUUUUGCUUGGUUUCAGAAACAAGAACAAAACAGUUUCCAAAUUUAUAUAUUUUAUUAGAUAAUCCUUUUGACCAUUCAUGAUUCUGGUUCAACUUAGCAUUCAUGUAUACCAUGACAUACAUAAAAAAUAUUUUGGUCCUAUCAACCAUUACAUAUAGGAAUUAUAUCUCUUCAUAUGUAUUGAAAAAUAUGGUUUGGUGGAUUCAAAUUAUUGAAAAUAAAUUUAGAAACUAACAUA